AUGCGGAGAGUCCUCGGUCAAGGGCGGGCUAACACUCCUUUCUCCCACAGCUGCCACUCUGGGUACGUGGGUGUUCGCUGUGAGCAUGCAGACCUCCUGGCUGUGGUGGCUGCCAGCCAGAAGAAGCAAGCCAUCACUGCCCUGGUGGUGGUCUCCAUUGUGGCCCUGGCUGUCCUCAUUAUCACCUGUGUGCUGAUCCACUGCUGUCAGCUCCGCAAACACUGUGAGUGGUGCCGUGCCCUCGUCUGCAGACAUGAGAAGCCCAGCGCCCUCCUGAAGGGAAGGACUGCUUGCUGCCACUCUGAGACAGGUACAGGGUAG